GAGCUGCCAAAAGCAUUUCCGGCAGAGCCCUUCGCUACCAGCGAGGAGGUGCCCAAAUCCCUUUGCUAUGGCUUUGAUGGCAUGGCACACCGUUAUAACUGGGAAGAGCUCCUUCCUAUCGACUGGAACCCUGCGACGUUGGAGAUUGGAGAUAGCGUGGGAAUCCUUUGCACUGCAGACGGGGUGCUGCAGUUGAUCGUCAACGGCGUUUUGGAGUCGGAGGCCUUACAGGUCCCCAAGGAUUUGGAGCUCUUCCCUCUUGUGGAGCUCAUGGGGAACACGCUUGCAGUGUCGGUGAAGGUCGAUGCCUCUCCGCCCGCCAUCCAGCGAAAGCCCCCGAAGCCGCCCGAG